CCCAGUCCAACCUCCGAUCUGUUUAGUAAGAAGGUGCUGUUCCGAAAAGGAAAAGGGGGUAGCAUAGAUAAACUCAACCCUGGACGUAGGAAGUAAACCGUUCCCCUUCACCCUUAGAUUCGUCCUGUGCUCGCGACGGCGGCGUUGGCGGACUGAUACGCGGUGGUGAAGAGGCAGGAGGAGGGGGGAGGGGCGGAGCGUGGCAGCUGGCAGUAGUUCCGUCAGAGCGGACAUCUUGUGGCUGUGUCGUGCGCGUGAGCCCCGUAGGGCCGGGGAGGCACCAGCUGCCGCGCGGGGAGGAGGCCGAGGCCGCAGCUUGAGGGAGGCCCCGGCCCCUCUGCGCCUGUGUCUGGCAGAGCCGGUGUGAGACGAAGAGACCCAUCUUUCCCUGCCGCCCGGAUAAUCAAGAGUUUUGGCCGGACCUUUGAGCACACACCGGGACAGUGAGGAGCCAGACGAAAAGCACAGACGAUGGCGCUGAAACGGAUUAAUAAGGAACUUAGUGAUUUGGCCCGUGACCCUCCAGCACAAUGUUCUGCAGGUCCAGUUGGGGAUGACAUGUUUCAUUGGCAAGCCACAAUUAUGGGACCUAAUGACAGCCCAUAUCAAGGUGGUGUAUUCUUUUUGACAAUUCAUUUUCCUACAGACUACCCCUUCAAACCACCUAAGGUUGCAUUUACAACAAGAAUUUAUCAUCCAAAUAUUAACAGUAAUGGCAGCAUUUGUCUCGAUAUUCUAAGAUCACAGUGGUCUCCUGCUUUAACUAUUUCUAAAGUUCUUUUAUCCAUUUGUUCACUGCUAUGUGAUCCAAACCCAGAUGACCCCCUAGUGCCAGAGAUUGCACGGAUCUAUAAAACAGACAGAGAUAAGUACAACAGAAUAUCUCGGGAAUGGACUCAGAAGUAUGCCAUGUGAUGCUACCUUAAAGUCAGAAUAACCUGCAUUAUAGCUGGAAUAAACUUUAAAUUACUGUUCCUUUUUUGAUUUUCUUAUCCGGCUGCUCCCCUUUCAGACCUCAUCUUUUUUAAUUUUAUUUUUUGUUUACCUCCCUCCAUUCAUUCACAUGCUCAUCUGAGAAGACUUAAGUUCUUCCAGCUUUGGACAAUAACUGCUUUUAGAAACUGUAAAGUAGUUACAAGAGAACAGUUGCCCAAGAUUCUGAAUUUUUUUAAAAAUGGAGCAUGUGUAUUAUGUGGCCAAUGUCUUCACUCUAACUUGGUUAUGAGACUAAAACCAUUCCUCACUGCUCUAACAUGCUGAAGAAAUCAUCUGAGGGGGAGGGAGAUGGAUGCUCAGUUGUCACAUCAAAGGAAGCAGCAUUAUUCUAGCAUCCAGUCUUUUUUAAGCCUUCCACUGUUAGAGAUUUGAGGUUACAUGAUAUACUUUAUGCUCAUAACUGAUGUGGCUGGAGAAUUGGUAUUGAAUUUAUAGCAUCAGCAGAACAGAAAAUGUGAUGUAUUUUAUGCAUGUCAAUAAAGGAAUGACCUGUUCUUGUUCUACAGAGAAUGGAAAUUGGAAGUCAAACACCCUUUGUAUUCCAAAAUAGGGUCUCAAACAUUUUGUAAUUCUCAUUUAAAUUGUUAGGAGGCUUGGAGCUAUUAGUUAAUCUAUCUUCCAAUACACUGUUUAAUAUAGCACUGAAUAAAUGAUGCAAGUUGUCAAUGGAUGAGUGAUCAACUAAUAGCUCUGCUAGUAAUUGAUUUAUUUUUCUUCAAUAAAGUUGCAUAAACCAAUGAGUUAGCUGCCUGAAUUAAUCAGUAUGGGAAACAAUCUUUUGUAAAUGCAAAGCUGUUUUUGUAUAUACUGUUGGGAUUUGCUUCAUUGUUUGACAUCAAAUAAUGAUGUAAAGUUCAAAAGAGUGAAUAUUUUGCCAUGUUCAGUUAAAAGUGCACAGUCUGUUACAGGUUGACACAUUGAUUGACCUGAUUUAUGCAGAAUUAAUAAGCUAUUCGGAUAGUGUAGCUUUAGUAUGCUGCACAUGAUACUGGCAGCCCUGGAGUUCAUAGAUGGACUUGGGACCCAGCAGUUUUGAAACGUGUAUAUGGAGUUUAAGAAAUUUAUUUUCCAGGUGCAACCCCCAUCUAACUAAAUUUUUUCUUCACCUUGUACACUUGACAGCUGAAAAAACCAUAACAUGGGAGUAAUAAUGGGUCAAAAUUUACAAAAUAAAGUACUGUUCUGGUGUGGGAGUUGUCAUGAGGCUGUGUUGAAGUGACUUAACUAUGUGGGAUAUUGACUAUCCAUUGAAAUGGAUUUGUUCAGCCAUUUACAUUAAUGAGCAUUUAAAUGCAACAGAUAUCAUUUCAGGUGACUUAACAUGAAUGAAUAAAAGUCAAUGCUAUUGGAUUA